GUGAUGUCGUCUCCGGCGGUGUUGACGCUGCGGAGUUGAACCGUUAACUGAACAAGAUCAACGAGAGAAAAACCGUCGGUGGUUUGGUUUGUGACCGGAUUCACGAUGGAGCGACAUCGGAAACGGACGGACGUGAUUUUAAAACCCGAGACGAAGCUUCGAGAAGUUUCUUUACCUACAGAUGUCCGACAAGUGAUCGUUGGUGAAGAGCAGCAGCAGUGGAGCCCCAGUGUGAAGCAGGAGGAGCCAGAGCCCCCCCGCAUUAAAGAGGAACAGGUGGAACUGUGGACCAAUCAGGAGGAGGCUGAUGUCACCAAGUUCACUGUGAAGAGUGAAGAAGAUGAAGAAAAACCUCAGACUGAGGAGAAAAGAGAGGACUGUGGAGGAACAGGUCCUGGUGGACUUUUAGAACCAGGUCCUGAGGACCAGACUGAAGACUCAUCUGAACCUGAGACUGACGGUUGUGAAGAAGACUUGACAGAGACCAGAGAACCUAAAUUUGGUUCAAACUCAAAUAGCAAACUUUCUGUGAGUGGUAUGAGAUGUAAAACUGGCAAAAAAACAUUUAACUGCUCUGACUGCGAUAAAAGAUUUUGGCAAAAGGGAGACCUGCAGCAACAUGUGAGAAUCCAUAGAGGAGAGAAACCAUUCAGCUGCUCUGAGUGUGUUCAAAUAUUUAGACAAAAGAUACAGCUGAAGACUCACAUGACGAUUCAUAGAGGAGAGAAACCAUUUAGUUGCUCUGACUGUGGUAAAGGAUUUAGCCAAAAGGGAGUUCUGCUGAGACACAAGAGGAUUCAUACAGGAGUGAACACAUUCAACUGCUCUAACUGUGGUAAAAUCUUCAGGCGAAAGGGCGACCUGCUGAGACAUAUGAGGAUUCACACAGGAGAGAAACCAUUCAGCUGCUCCGAGUGUGGUAAAAGAUUUAGCCAAAAUGGAGACCUGCUGAGACAUGAGAGGAUUCAUACAGGAGAGAAACCAUUCAUCUGUUCUCAGUGUGGUGAAACGUUUAGGCUAAAGGGAAACCUGCGGAAUCAUAUAAGGAGUCAUACGGGUGAAAAACCAUUCAGUUGCCCAUUGUGUGAUAAAAGAUUUAGUCGGAGGGCCAGUGUUCGGCUACACAUGAAAAUCCAUACAGGAGAAAAAACAUUUAGCUGCUCCCAGUGUGAUAAAAGAUUCAGUAAAAAUGGAGACCUGCAGAGACAUGUGAGGAUUCAUACGGGAGAGAAACCAUAUAGUUGCUCUGAGUGUGGUAAACGUUAUAGUCAAAAGGCUCAUCUGAAGACACACGAGAGGAGUCACACCGGAGAGAAACCGUUCGACUGCUCAGACUGCGGUCAGACAUUUACCAUAAAGACUCAAAUGAAAGCACACAUGAAAAUUCAUACAGGUGAGAAACAAUUCAUUUGCCCAUUGUGUGAUGCAAGAUUUAGUCAAAGGGCCAGUCUGCAUGUACAUGUGAAGCUUCACAAAGGAGAGAAACCAUUCAGCUGCUCUGACUGCGGCAAAAGGUUUGGCAAAAACGGCGACCUACAGAGACACGAGCGGAGCCACUCAGGAGAGAAACCAUACCGUUGCUCUGAGUGUGGUAAGUGUUACAAUCAAAAGGCUCACCUGAAGACACACGAGAGAAGUCACACCGGAGAGAAACCAUUCGACUGCUCCGAGUGUGGUCAGACAUUUACCCUGAAGGCACAAAUGAAGGCGCAUGAGAAAGUUCACACAGGAGAGAGACCAUUCAUCUGCUCAUUGUGUGGUACCAGAUUUAGUCGUAGGGCCAGUCUGCGGCUUCAUGUGAAAAUUCACACAGGAGAGAAACCAUUUACUUGCUCUGACUGUGGCAAAAGAUUUAGUAAAAACGGUGACCUACAUAGACAUUUUAGGAUUCAUACGGGAGAGAAACCGUUCAGCUGCUCUGAGUGUGGUAAACGUUACAGUCAAAAGGCUCACCUGAAGACUCACGUGAGGAGUCACACCAGGGAGGAACCGUGUGUCUCCUCUGAGAUCAGUCAGACAUUUAACCUGAGGGCACAAAUAAAAACACGUGAUAAUAAUCAGGCAGGUGAGAGACCGUUCAGCUGCUCGGUCUGUGAUAAAAGAUUCGGCCAAAAGUCACAUCUGCAGGGACACAUGACGCUUCAUGUUGGAGAGAGACCAUUUAGGUGCUCUAAGUGUGGUGACAGGUUCUGCUUUAAGGGCGAUCUGCAGAGACACGUGGCGGCUCACAGAGAAGACAAACCAUUCAUUUGCACCGGUUGUGGUAAAUGUUUUCGGCGAAAAGACUGUCUGCAGAUACAUUCAUCGAUUCACAGUGGCGAGAAACCGUUCAGGUGCUCCGAGUGUGGUAAAAGAUUUAGGCUAAAGGUUCACCUGCAGGUACAUGGGAGGAUUCACACUGGAGAGAAACCGUUUGGCUGCGGCAUUUGCGGCAAAAGAUUUGGCCGGAAGACGUAUCUGCAGGGACACCUGAGGAUGCACACGGGAGAGAAACCGUUCAGCUGCGGAGAUUGCGACAAAACAUUUACCUGGAACUAUCAGCUGAAAAGGCAUCGAUGUGUCGGUGAGUCGUCACGGCCUCUUCAUCAGAGUCAGACUGAGGAAGAGGAGGAGCAGAUCUAAACUUUCAGCCUCAGACCAGACGGUGAAGCCAAUGGUGACAAGUGAGACGAGACCAGAGAAUCUCAGCCAGGUUCAAACUCAAAGAAAUUAAUUCUCAGGACAUUUUCGCACCUGAAGGUUCUGAACCAGUGCUGGUGAUUCUGUCUCAUUGUAACAUUUGAUCCGGUUAGUUCUGGUUUCAAAGCAUCUAAGAACUUUACAUGACAAACCUGCGUCCUGUCCUCAUCACCUAGGUGGGCUGCGUUUCCCUGAUACUUGACUCUGAUUGGUUUGUAGACGGGCGUCUGUCGUCCUCUCAGAUCCUCUCUCUCAUCCUCUCAGAAAAUAAAUUAUACAUUUCUGCAUUUUAAUAUUAUGUGUUUUUUCAAGUUUACUUUUUAAUGGUUUCGUCUACUCCUCUCCUUCAGGUGCUAGCGCUGCUCAUUUUUACUUUUCUUUCCGGUUCUUUUUCUUCUUCUAUGAUAACUACUGUAGCUCGCGGCCUCAACUUCCUGUCAUUGGUCCGAAAGUCCAUCAAUAGUUUUCAUUCUGCUAACGAACCUGAACCUUGGCUCAGUAUGGUCUAAGAAAACUUUCACACCUGCAAAAAGGCCGACGAUAGAUGAGAAGUUUCUCCUCAUCUACUGAAGUGAUGCUGCAGUUAAGAAACGUAAAAUCUCUGUGAUAUUGAUGUUUUACUAAUUAUUCAGUGUUUAGGAUGAAAUAUAAAUGUGUAAAGAAAGUAGGCUGUUUAAAAUGAUUGAUGGAUGAAUAAAUGGUGAGUGAGACUGUAUAUUAUGUUUACAGUAGAUCAUGGGUCCAGCUGUGGAGACCGUGCUUUGGUUGUCUUGUUUCAUAUCUUAAUAAACCAAAAAUGAAGUUCAAAUUA